UCCACACUCUGCACAAGCUCCAGGCUGUGGCAGGGAGGAUGUAGUGUUCAGAGGAGGAUCACAGUGAAGAGCCGCUGGUGCAUGUUGUUUCAAUGGGAAAUCUGUUGGGCACCUGGCGUUUCAAGGAGCCGAGCACCGUGGAGGAAUGCGACUCGACGUGGGGGUCGGACUCCGACAGCGACGAGCCGGCGGCGGAGGAUGACAGCGGCAUAUACGACUCCGUCUGCCCGGCGGAGAGCGACCGGGCCGCCGCAGAGCCCGGAGACAAGUCCCCGCAGCUGACUGACUCCCCAGGGCCUCUUCCAAAGAUGAAGAGGAGUUUCUACGCUGCCAGGGACCUCUACAAAUACCGUCACAGCUACCCGAACUACAAAGUUUCCCGGCAACCCAACGAGUACCGUAACCUACGCUUCUACCUGAACAAGAUCCCUCUAGUGCCUGAUGGUAUCUACAUAGAGGAGAUUCUGUCAAAGUGGAGAGGUGACUAUGACAAACUGGAGCACAAUCACACCUACAUUCAGUGGCUGUUUCCAUUAAGAGAACAAGGGCUCAACUUCUACGCACAUGAACUGAAUCAGGACGAGAUCAAAGAAUUCCAAAGCACUCGUGAAGCUAAGCGGAGAUUCCUGGCGGCCUAUUCCCUGAUGUUGGACUUCUAUGGCAUCAAGCUGCUGGAUAAGAGCGGAAACGUCGCUCGGGCUCCCAACUGGCAGGAGCGCUUCCAGCACCUUAAUGAGUGUCAGCACAACUACCUGAGGAUCACUCGCAUCCUGAAGUCCCUGGGUGAACUGGGCUAUGAGGCCUUCAAGGCCCCACUGGUUCGCCUCUUCCUGGAGGAGUCGCUGUGCAAAAACACCCUUCCCAACAUGCAACACAGCGCCCUGGAGUACUACGUCUACACAAUCCGCCUCCCGGCCACCCGCAGGCGCCUGCUUCGCUACGCCCGCCAGCACUACAGGCCUGCCCAUGCCUUCCUCUGGGGUCCGCCAACUAAAAGGCAAGGGGGAGGGGCUGGUAACGGAGGCAGCGUGGGUGCUGGGAGUAGUGGGAUCAGAGCACCGGCUCCAACACCCGAGCCACAGAGAAAAGAGGACGACAGCGCCUCCUCCACCUCUCCGAGAGGCGGGAUCAUUGUGUCUCCCCAUGAUGCCGUGAUGUGCCAGGACCUGGCUGGAGGAGGACUGAAGAGCUACACAGGACUCGGGUCGAAUAUGGCCAGACUGGAGGGGGCGCUGAUGUUGGCGGGAGCAAGAGGAGGGAGGAACGAGUACAAUGAAGUUGUUCCUUAGUCUGGAAAAGAGUGUUCUCAACUGUUAUCAGGUUUUUAAAGCAGAAAAAAACAGCAGUUUUUAAAAUCAACCAAUUCAAUAAGUAGAACUUCAUUCAUAGCAGGUCCUGUGAGACUCUGGAAGGGUCAGGACAGUAAUACACAUUUAUAGUUACAUCUUAGAAUCUAAUAAACAUGUUCAGGUUAAGGGCUACCAUAAACUAUGAUAUAACUUGAUUGCAGUUUAUUCAGUUUAGCUGUAUUAGGGAUUAUAAUAUGGGGCAGGGCUGUUUAGGGAGGUGGGAGAUCUUUACUUGAGCCAAGAUAAGCAAUCUCACCUUGGACCAAAUCCCAAAAACCAUGUGAGCUAGGAGAGACCCACACAUGUAGUUCAAGGUGUUUCCUCAUUAGGGCCAUGAACUAGGUACCAGUGAGAAAGAAGAUUGCCUUAUUUAUUGUUGUAUAUUAGAACUUUAGCAGGUGUGAAUUGUGAAUUGAACAGCAUCACAGAACCAAAGGCGCCUGCUGAUUGGGAAGAUGAUAGUUUUGGGAGAGCUCAUCGGUGUAGCCGGAGUUCCACUGAGCCACAAGCUGGACUGAGCUCACUUUGUACAGUCACUGUAAAGUGAAUAUUAUAAUGUGAAGACAGAUUAUUUCUCGCUUUUCUUUCUAGUUCUGAUAUUUAAAAGUGAUAUAAGGGGGAGGGGGGUCUUAGUCUGUCAUAGCAAUACCCAGAAACCAUAUUAAUUGAGAUUUACUUGAAAUACUUGUAAUAAUAAUAUCAACUCAAUAUGUAUCUUCUCUAAAGUUUUACUGUUGACUGGAGAUCCUCCAUCUGAAAAUUGUACAGAAUUAUAAAAAGACUUGUGAGUAGGAAAGAGUUAAGAGUAGCGUGGCUUUUUCAUGAUGUUAAAAAUAUCCUCUCAGCUGUGGAGGUCCACUUGAAAACUCACUAGAGUCACAGGAUGGCUAAUUGUUCUCUCAGUUGUUAGUUUAUUGGGUCCACUUGGACAGAGUGAAUGCAGUAGUUGAAAAGCCUUUUUAACACACAUUCGUUUCUUGUCAUAUUAGACUGAAAUUUAAAAAAGUUGGGUGUGUCUUAGAAACUGGAAGGUGUAGUUUCCCACACUUGGUCAAAGAAAAUGAAGACAUUGCUCUUGUUUGAAGAGGAAGAGAGCAGUGUAGUUUCUGUAUCUCUCUUUUUCAACACUAGUCUCACUGGUCAAAGAGAAUCUUAUUACACUCUAAUACCUCUUUGAUGACUGCUGUGAUUCACGCCGGCAGUUUUUAACGUGAUGUUACACCUAAAAUUCUUCUGGACCUUUUUUUUCUCAGAUGGCUUUGUGUAAUGAUAAUAAUCAUAAUUCAGCACAAUUUGUUCGUCUCUCUCUGCAUUAGGAACACAAACAAGAUUAGCCUCUAGAAUAACAGGGCAUGCAUUUUAUGAAGGCUUUUAAGAGUACACAUGAAUAGACUGUAAAUAUUUUAUUAUUAAUUAGGAAACAUAAUUCAAGUGUCAAAAGUUAAAAUUGUAUUCGAUAUUUCAAAUUAAAAAGAUAGCUGUACUGUAGUUUUAUGGCUAACAUGUUUAACAUUCAUGAUAAUUUGGUGCGUUUUGUCACCUAAAAGUCUUCUACACUGAACUGAACAGGGGUAUUUACUGUGGGUUGUGAGUGAAGUUAAUGUAUCGCAGCAGAUGAUGUGUUGUGCGUUUGCACUCUUUUGACAAUCUAUGUCUUCCAGUUGAAAGCGUUGUAGGUUUUUAAUUCUCGUUGAUCUGCAUACUGUAUGUAUACAAAUGGCCAGGAACCUGCUGCAUCAUAAACACAAGUGAUUGUUCUCAUAUUGUGUCAUUUUGCAAUAAUUUGGGCAAAGGACAUGUAAAAUCAGACAUCUAUAUUAAACAUUGAUAGUUUUCAGCUAGGCUAAACUUACUGUGGUGGGUGGCAGUAUAGUUUAUUGACUUAUUUAUUCAAAUAUAUCUGUUUAGAUGCCAAAAAAUACCCAACAAGAAACGUAUUUCUCUUAGAUUUUUACUCUGAUGUGGCUACAGGAGCCAUUUAGCAUGUAGAACGUUUAGCAUGUAGAACGUCAGUGAGAAUAUCAUGUCAUCACCCCCAUCGUUUCAGGAGUUGACAGCAUCACUCUUCGCUUGUGUUUAGUUACUAUAAAAGGACAAUAUGAGGACACGGUCCCUCUUGUGUGAAUGUUUCAGCCUCCCAUUCACUUCCAAUCAGUGUGAACGAGGAAACGAAUAAAACAUUGGCUUUGAUAUUAUCUUCACAUUUGCACAUUUGCGACCGUGCCCUUACCCUGAAGUUAGAGCAAUUUCGUUGAAUAGCAGUCAAACACGAGGCAUCUGGGUUCCUUGUUGCAAUAGAUAGAUAUCAGUGAAAUUAAAAGCCAUGUGUGGUGAAAGACAGCGAUAAUGCAUACGAUCGGGAUUUCAACACUUUUCCAGCUGUUCUUCCUGUAGGUUCAAGCCUUGUGUUUCGAGGCCUCUACAUCGCUCCUUUAGCCAAGUAUAUCUGAUAUAAUUGUAAAACAUGAUAACUUUUCAGGUGAAGUGUGCGAUAACAUGGGCUCAAAUAUCUGAAUUGUAGUAUCCCGUAUGUGUACAUAUAGAUGUAUGAAUGUGUGUCUGAUAUUCUUAAGUGCCUCUUUUGUAUUCUUUAUGUUCGUCUGUAUGUUGUAAGAAGUGUCUUUCCCAGAUGAUUUCCUGUACAUCCUGUUUCUGUACAGCAGUUUGAUAAAUGCACUAUUGUUUUCGUUCUGGUCACAUAAAGUGCAGUAUGGGUAGAUUCAUGUACAGUCAAGGCAGGAAUAGUUCAUAUUAUGUAAUACUUGAAAUUGUUUGUA